AUGUCAAGACAGGAAAGUGGCAGAGAUGGAAUAUAUGGAAGAUAUGAUGAUUCAAAGAUAGACUCAUCAUCCAGACGGAGCAAGUGGGAUGAGGCACCAGAGAGCAAAGACAAGAAGGAUGAUUAUCACAAGGGCGAACGAUACGAAAGACGCAGGGACAAUUCAAGAAGAGAUGAAGGAGAACGUGACAGAUACAGAGACAGAAGAAGUACUGAGCGUUCUGAAAAUGAUGAUCGCAAAUACAAAGACAGGGAUGUAAGAGACAACGAUAGACAUAAUCACAAAAGCAGUCGAAGAAGGUCCGCUUCACCAUCCACAUCCAAUCAAUUCCGUCGUGAUAGAGAAAAAGAACGACAGGCAUACGACGAUAAAUAUGGCACUAGCAAAGAAGGUUCAAAAGACAAAGACGCUCCUUCUGAACCCAGCUUAGAGCCAGAUUUUGGAUCAUCAGGUCUAUUAGCAAAAGAGAGUAAUAGCAAGAAUGGCGUUCAGCUGAAAUACUUUGAACCGCCAGAAGCCAGAAAGCCAAAGAAGAAAUGGCGUUUGUAUGUUUUCAAAGAUGGAAAAGAGGUUGACAUUUUGCAUAUCUCAAGACAAUCAUGCUACCUUAUUGGAAGAGAUAGCAAUGUUGUGGAUAUCCCCGUCGAUCAUCAAAGUAUCUCUAAACAACAUGCCGUCAUUCAAUUUAGAUCGAUUACAGAACGAAACGAAUUCGGUGAUGAAAAACGACAAACCAAGCCAUUCUUGAUCGAUUUGGAUUCUGCAAACGGCUCAUUUGUCAACAAGACCGAAUUACCACCUUCACGUUACUACGAAUUACGAACCGGAGAUACCAUCAAAUUGGGCGCCAGUCAAAGGGAAUACGUCUUACUGGCCGAGGAUUAA